UUUCAUUAAGCUGGACCAGAGCUUGUAAUGCAAAUGGAGUAGCAUAUGCUUGUUGCUCAUGUGCCUGGCGGACUUAGAGUUCGACUAUAUCAACCCUUAUGAUUCAGCUUCACGAAUAAAUAGUGUGAUCUUGCCAGAGUUUGCUUUGCAAGGAGUCUUAUGCCUACAAUUUCUCUUAUGUGGACACUGGUUGAUGUUUUUGUUUUGUGUACCGGUCAUUUACUGCAAUUGGAAAAUGUACGAGAAGAGACAAUAUUUAGUAGAUGUAACAGAGAUAUUUAACCAGCUCAACAGGGAAAAGAAACGGCGACUCAUUAAGCUUAUAUACAAUGUCAUCCUCCUCUUUUUAUCCUUGUUCUGGAUGAUUUGGAGUGUAUUAGCUGAUGAUGAGUAGAAGUGCUUCAACAGUAAGUAUCUAGUAUGAAAUUCCUUCAAUAACUCAUAGUUCUAGAUCUGUUUUACUCAAUAUUGUGAUUCUGUAUUAUAGUUGAUUGGCUUGAUGCAGGCUUUUUUCUUUUUUUCUUUUUUCUUUUUUUUGGGUAUGGACGGAGACUCUUCGAGCAUCAGUAAUCAGAAAUUUGCUGGCAUGGUCGUAGUUCUCCAUUAUGUGAUGUUUCUAUGAAGAUGUGGACAUGUGCAUUAUUGAUUAAUUAUUUUUAUUUAGGACUGGGGAAAUGUCCAGUAAGUUAUAAUUUAUGCAGAAGUUUCAAUGAACGUUUUUGCACAUUCAUCUGGUGGCUGUAAUGUAGAGUUGGGGAGCUUUGUAUGAUAAAAGAUUAUUUGACGGCUCCAGUUCUAAGCGUAUUA